AUGGGCAUCCUGUGUUUCUACAGUUUAAAGACCGCCUUCGAAGUUAAAAAACCUACUUUGAAAAUUCUAUUCCAAACCUUUCUUACCAUUCAGCAUGUAAAUCAAGCUCUGAUUAUUCGUGGAGAUGGGGACCAUACUAGAGGUAAAACUGUGGUGCGGGCUACCCGGGACCCAAAUCCCAACUAA